AUGGAUCUAUCUAUCUAUCUAUCUAUCUAUCUGAUCACCGAAUUUCACAACAAUGUUCUUGAUUUCUUUUUUCUCAUAUCUCUUUUCUCCCCUUCUGUUUCUCUUUCUUCCUCCACUUCUUUUUUCUUCUUUAGUGCUUCAUUUUCCUUCCUCCCAACUUCUUUAAACUCUUCAAAAUUUUUUAUUUUCCUUCUUACUUCGCUUAUUCCUCCACUUAUACUCCUCUCGUUUUCUUUCUUUCUUUCUUUCUUUCUUUCUUUCUUUCUUUCUUCCGCCACUUCCUUAUCCUCUUCUUUCUUUCUCAUUAUGUUCUUUCCUUCUUUCUUCUUUCUUUUCUUUCUCCAUCUUUUUCCUUUCUCUCUUCAUCGUCUGCUUCCUCUCUUUCUUUUUCCUUUUUCUCUUUAUAAUCUUUUUUCUUCUCUUCUUCUCCUCCUUUCUCUUUCCAGGCGAUUCCAGUGUAUCUACGCAGAUUCUCCCCACUUUCCAUUCCCUCUUUUUUGUUUGUUUGUUUGUCGUCGUCUUCUUUCUCUCCUUCAUACGUCUAUUCUGUUUCCUUUUUUUGUUGUUGCUCUUUCUUCUUUCUCCUUCUUAUUGUUCAACCUCCUCUUCUUUUUCCUCUUCUUUCUCUCCUUCUUCUUUUAUUAA